AUGGAUGCUAUUUUGGAUUUUAAUCGUCUUAAAUGUGAACCUCUCAAAGCAAAUGGAAUUUCACCUAAUCCACCAGAAGGUACAAAAACACCUCUAUCACAGGUUGAUCUUUCAACUCUUACCUCUCUUUUGAAUCCACAAAUGAAUUCUAAUUCAUUAUCAAGCUUUAAUAUAUCAGAUGUUAAUAAUUUAUUAAAUAUGAAUGGAAUUAAAUAUCCACUUCUUCCCCAAUAUAGUCAAAGUUUAUUAUCAUCAUCACAAAAUGCUGCUGCUCAACUUUUAUUAUCUUCAUCAAAUAAUAAAUUAAAUAUUCAAUCAUUACUUCAGGAGGCUAUUUUAUCUGGUCAACCACCAGUAAAAAAAGCAGCCUUAGAAUCAGGACCAUCAUCACCAAUUUCAACGAUUUCAUCAAACUCUAUUACAUCUGGUAGUAUGAUGAAAUCUGAAUCAGUUUCACCAGAUCAUUUAAUUAAAGCUAUUACACCAUCACCAGGUUCCGUUUCAAGAAAAUCUUCGGUUUCAUCAACAGGUUCUAGACCUUCAAGAAAACCUCCAGCACCAAUACCUGAUGAAAAAAAGGAUGAAGCUUAUUAUGAGAGGAGACGUAAAAAUAAUGAUGCUGCUAAACGAUCAAGAGAUGCAAGAAGAAGAAAGGAAGAAGAAAUUGCUGAUCGUGCAUCAUUCCUUGAACAGGAAAAUAUUCAAUUAAAAAGUCAAAUAAGUCUUUUAAAAGCAGAAAAUGCUAAAUUUCAAAUGUUAUUAUUUACACAAAAUGCAAAUAAUAAUACACAAAAAGCAUUGGAAAAUUUUGCUAAAGCUGUUCAAGAGGUUAAAACUGGAAGUGAAUAA